AACUAAAGAAACAGCAGUUUUGAGUUCCAAACCAAACUUGUUUGAAAGUAGCUGCUAGAGACGGGAGCAAAGGGACAUAGAGCUAGUCCCAAGCAAAAGAAGAAAGGCUCCAAAUCCAGGGGAGAGGAACAGGAAAGAUCCCAAGCAGACCUUCUGGUCAAAGAAAGGCCAGGAAGCUUGAAAAGAUAUUGUUAAGUGAAGUUAAGAGUGAGGAACAGAGAAGGGCUCUAAGCUUCAUGCUUAAAAAGAUGAAUAAUGCAGAUUUAAAGUGACCCAGGGGAGAGGAACAUCAGAAGGAGAGUUUGAAACCUCGGGGGUGAACCCUUACGGAAGGCAUCCAAGAGAAAGCUUCGGUUUGGGAGAAGAUUCCAAGAUACCCUGUUUAUGUGGCAGUGCACCAUGUCUUCUCUGUGGAUGCUGCCCAAGUGGGAAAAAUUCAACAGUGACUCGUUUGAUCUUCGCAUUCUUUCUGCUCCUUGGAGUGGGAGUGGCUUGUAUUAUGUUAAUGCCAGGAAUGGAAGAGCAGCUUAAGAAGAUUCCUGGAUUUUGUGAUGGUGGAAUGGAAACAUCCAUUCCUGGAGUCCAUGGACAGGUGAACUGUGACGUGCUGGUUGGAUAUAAGGCCGUGUACCGGGUUUGCUUUGGCAUGGCAAUGUUCUACCUUCUUUUUUCCUUGCUGAUGAUUAAAGUGAAGAGCAGUCAGGAUCCAAGGGCUGCAAUACACAAUGGGUUUUGGUUUUUUAAAUUUGCCACAGUGGUUGCUAUCACAGUGGGUGCUUUCUUCAUCCCAGAAGGACCCUUUACAACAGUCUGGUUCUAUGUUGGAAUGGCUGGUGCAUUUUGUUUCAUCUUAAUCCAACUGGUUCUACUCAUUGACUUUGCCCACUCCUGGAAUGAAUCAUGGGUUGAAAAAAUGGAAGAAGGCAACUCUAGGUGCUGGUAUGCAGCACUGCUGUCAGCAACAGGCGUGAACUACCUCCUAUCACUGGUUGCCGUAGUCCUCUUCUACUGUUACUAUACACAUCCUGAGGGCUGCACUGAGAACAAGGUCUUCAUCAGCUUAAAUAUGCUGUUAUGCAUAGUUUCCUCUGUCAUGUCCAUCCUCCCAAAGAUACAGGAGUCCCAACCUCGAUCUGGUUUGCUCCAAUCCUCCAUCAUCACCUUAUAUACCAUGUAUCUAACGUGGUCUGCUAUGACUAACGAACCAGACCGAAAAUGCAAUCCCAGUUUGCUGAGCAUGAUUGGUUACAACAGCACAGGAACUCAUGUCCCUGGUCAGGUCAUCCAGUGGUGGGAUGCACAAGGAAUUGUAGGACUGGUUCUAUUUUUGCUUUGUGUUCUUUAUUCAAGCAUCCGGACAUCAAACAAUAGCCAGGUUAACAAACUGACUCUAACUAGUGAUGAAUCUGCACUGAUAGAUGAAGGGGUUGGUCGAAGUGACGGUUCCCUGGAAGAUGGUAACAAUGCACAUCGUGCAGAGGACAAUGAGAAAGAUGGUGUCACCUACAGCUACUCCUUCUUUCACUUUAUGCUGUUUUUGGCUUCUCUUUAUAUCAUGAUGACAUUAACGAACUGGUAUAGCCCCGAUUCCUCAUAUGAAAUGAUGACUAGUAAAUGGCCAUCGGUUUGGGUGAAGAUUUCUUCUAGCUGGAUCUGCAUCAUGCUCUAUGGGUGGACCCUAGUUGCUCCACUUGUUUUGACAACUCGUGAGUUUGAUUGAAGAGUAAAUUUAAGAAGCAGGUGAUUUUCUGCUGCAAUGCUUAGAUUUGUCUUGUGAUUUAAAAUUCAAAUUAAAUGCAGUAUUCGAAGAUGACUGUAAUUUUAAAUAUGGGUGUGCUACCAUGCUGUAGAAUUUAUUUUUCCCUGUUUUAUUGCAUUAUUGGAAUGACUCAUAGCUGUUUAAUGUUUAGAAGGAAUUUUGCUUAACUCCACCUUAAGCACUGAUUAUCCUUGUAAUCUUGUGAUGACUAAAAUAUGAAAAUUGGUCAUCAAAUGUUUUACAUCUAUAUAGAUGUAAGAAAGUGUGACUGAAUCUCCAAAUAAAGUGAAUUGUUGUGCACACAUUUAGUAAAUAUACCUUUAAAGUGGAAAUGGCAACUUAUGUUAGCUUUAAAAUACAGUAAGUCUUGAGAAUUAAGUAACUGGUCUUGAUACAAGUUUUCUGCUUGGCUUAGUGGUGUCUAAGAAAAGGCUUAUCAGCAUUAUGUACAAUAGACUAUACUGCAAAUAAAUGUGUCUAGUGCUAUGCUGUUAAAUGCAACACUUAAGUAUAAGUAUUGUAGGAAUUGUUUUACUGGCUUUUUGGGUGCACGUACUAAACCUGUGAAUUUAGUCAGCUAGUCUUGCUGAUAUUUAAUAAUUGAUUCACUUAGCUUUCUCACGUUCAGAUUAGAUGAAAGCAAUUUAGCAGAAAACUGAGAACCUCUUUUGCUGAUUGAACUUGGUUGUGGAUUUUAAUGUAAACAGUAUUAAGUUUAUAUAAAUUUGAGUUCCCAAUGUCUACAUUGAUUUGACCCUAGGCUUGUUAGCUUCAGUAAUAUAAAUUUCUGAUGGAUAAUGGUUGAUGCAAGUUUUAUUUGUAUUACAGGAUCUCCAUAGGAACUCAAUGUAGCUUAGUGCCUAAUUGUCUUUGCUGCAUGUAUAUUGGUAAUUGAGUCACCCUUUGAGCACAUGCAACAGUAACUUUAUAUCUGUUCACGAGUGAUGACAACCAUAGUUUCAAAGCCAAUCAUAGUUUUAAAGCCCAAUCUCCAAGUUAUUGAUGCUUAUGAUUGGAUUGUUUUGACAGUAUUCUUCCCACUUAUUUAUUUCUAAAAUACACCAUUACUGUUCCAAUUGGCCUGUUUUGGUUUCACUUACUGAAGAGAAUGACUUAGAAACAAGACUGAGCACAUAUUUUAAUUACUGCCAUGUAAGUUAUUACAUUGUUACUUUGGAGGGGGAAUGAGUAGGUACCUUCUUGGACUAUGAAGAUGAUUGGACAGGGUUUAAAUUAAAAAUUAAACUUCUAAUGCAAGUAUUAGCCACUUUGAAAUAUGGACAUUGAGAUUUAAUUAUGUAUUGCUGUGAAACUUUUAUUUAUGUGAGCCACCUAUUGUAACUGUUUCAAAUAAACCUUAACAAAGCAA